AUGAAUCAUCCCAUACUCCAAGCCAACAAGAACUGCCCCUAUGGGGGCCUCACCAGGGAAGAGUUCUACCAGAAGCACCAACUCCUCCAUCAAGAGGCCUUCAUGCUCAACGGGCACAACGGGAAGAUCUUCACCCAGACUUGGCGUCCGGCCUCGCCAUCGUCGGAGCUCAAGGGCGUCGUCGCAAUGGUCCACGGCUACAAUUCCGAGAGCAGCUGGAUCUUCCAGCUCACCGCCGUGGCCAUCGCCAAGCUGGGGUUCCUGGCAUGCGCUCUCGACCUCCCUGGCCAUGGUUACUCCGAAGGCCAGAGAGGCCACAUUCCGACCAUCAGUCUAGUGAUCGAUGACUGCAUCCAGUUCUUCGACUCGGUCCGGUUAGCCUACGGCCGCCUCCCGGCCUUCUUAUAUGGCGAGUCUCUGGGAGGAGCCAUCGCCAUGCUCGUGUACCUCCGACAAAAGGCUAAGUGGGACGGGCUGAUCCUAAACGGCGCCAUGUGCGGCGUCUCAGCCAAGUUCAAGCCGGUGUGGCCGCUCGAGAAGCUCCUGCCAUUGGCGGCCCUCAUCGCGCCGAAUUGGAGGGUGACCGUGACGAAGCCUCUGGUGGACAUGUCGUACAAGGAGAAGUGGAAGAGGGAGCUCGUGAGGAGGAGCCCAAGAGCUCAGAACUACGAGCACCCGCCGGCAUCCACGGCGUUGGAGUUUCUAAGGAUUUGUGAGGAGAUUGGGAGGAGGUGCGGCGAGUUGGAGCUUCCCAUGCUGGUGCUGCAUGGCGGAGAGGACUCGGUCUGUGACUCGGGCUCGGCCGAGCUGGUGUACGAGUUGGCGGGAAGCAAGGACAAGACGCUGAAGAUUUUGCCGGGAAUGUGGCAUCAGUUGAUUGGAGAGCCGCAGGAGACCGUUGAGCUGGGAUUUGGGAUCAUCUUUUCUUGGCUUAAGGACAGGGCCAAAAGAGCUUCUUUGGCUUCCUUUAAUAAUUAUUGA